CAGUUUAAAAAAAAUUUGUCUUCUCGUACAAUCAUUGGUACAAUCUCAAUGAUUAGUGAAAUUUUCAUGUUGAAGAAGAAUAUGAAGUUCUUCAUUAUUUUUUUGUUUUUUAUUAUAACUCUGGUGAAAUCGCAUAGGGAUGUAGCUGAAACUGAUGUAGCACAUUCGGAUGUAGCUGUCUUACAAGAUUACAAUAAAUGGACAACAGCUAUACGUAGUUUACUAGAUAAUAAAACACUCUCCAGCGAAUGUUCAAAACAGUUUGACGAACUUUUUAAGAAUGGCCAAGCUGAUCUGUGGAACUUUUUCGACGCCACUUCCAAGUUUCCUUGGAGCGGUCUUGCCGUCAGCUCAUAUGCUGACUUUGGAAAUUAUCCUCAAUGCAUGCAAAUAAAUCAUAUUUACUCCGGAGGAAGAAUAAAGGGAAAAUACUGUGUAUUUGGAUUAGCGAUACCAUCCUUGAAGGCAGAUUUAAGCAAUAUUAAUGUGGAUGAUUUCUUCAAAUUAUCGGUAUGCAUGCCAGACGCUUGUUCUGCAGAUGAUUUCAAUAAAAUAAUUAUUUUACCUUUAUUUAAUGAUCAAGAAUGUCAUACGCAAGAUGAUUUAGAUGAAUAUACUCCUGGAGACAAAGCUAUACUCGUAGUGCUGUCAAUUUUUGCAGUUAUUCUAGCCGUAUCAACUAGCUACGAUGUAUAUUUGGUGAAAACUGGUAAAAAGAGUUCCCAUCCUUUAUUUUUGGCCUUCUCCGUUUAUACAAAUUGCCGUAAAAUAAUAACAACAACCAAAAAAAAUAGGGAGCAGAUUCAAAUUUUUAAUGGAAUAAAAUCUAUUAGUAUAGCUUGGAUCAUCGCUGGCCAUGGAUUUAACGGUUGGUUAGUUAACGUAGCUAACUACGAUUACGUUAAAAUAGAGCAGAGAGCCAUCACCUUCUUUUAUGCAAGCGGGGCACAAAUGGCGGUGGAUUCAUUUUUUUUCAUGAGUGGAUUUCUCUUAGCUUAUCUGUACAUGAAACAGAAAAACAAACCAUUGAGUAUACAGUUGAAGACUUUACCAUAUUCAAUCCUACACAGGUACAUCAGAUUAACUCCAGCUUUGGCUAUGGUAUAUUUUUUCCAAACCACAAUAAUCAAACAUAUGAAUGACACCCCCGUUUAUUAUGCACUCAACAAACGAGUCAUUGAAACUUGUCGUACACAUUGGUUGUCAUUCUUUUUAUAUCUUCAAAAUUAUGUUAAUUACGAUGAUGUUUGUGUCAUACCGAGCUGGUAUUUAUCAGCAGAUAUGCAGUUGUUCAUAAUUGCUAAUAUAAUCUUAAUACCAUUAUCUGUAAUACUUGCGAAAAGCAGCAAAAACUUCAAAUUAGUAAUGGGAAUUUGCUGGACAUUAAAUAUAUUAUUUACUGUAUUACCCUUAGCUGCUAGACUUAUAUGGACAGAAUACGACAAUCCAUACGAUACACAUUCUAGAAUUAUUGACUACAGCAUUGGUAUAAUGAUGGGAAUCUAUAUACGUGAAACGAAGAGUAGCAAAUAUUUAGUGAAAUCUAAGAUCGUGAAUUUUGUUAUAUGGAUUAUUGUGCUCACUUCAAUGGGUGCUUGCGCUAUUCUAUAUCAAGAGGUUGUUUAUUCAUUAAGAUACUCUCAGACUGUUCAAGCUUUCUACUACAGUUUUUCAAGACCAAUCUGGUGUCUAGGAUUAAGUUGGAUAACAUACUCUUGUUAUCAUGGUUACGGAGGAAUAGUUAACUGGAUCCUAAGCAGACCAAUCUUGCAAAUAACGGCCAAGUUGUCUUACUGUAUGUAUCUUGUACAUGGAAUUGUCUUAACGCUCGUUUCUACGCAGUUUAGUACUAGGUUAACUUUUAGCCAUUAUAAUGCGUUCAAGUCAUGGUGUGCAUUUUUUAUAGUAACACUGGGUUUCUCAUUCAUUUGGACCUUAACUUUUGAGUCUCCUCUUGUAAUAGUAGAGAAAUAUGUAUUUGGAGGAAGGGCGCAUUCUAAGAAACAGAGACACGCUGAUAAUAAUAAUAAAGGACCAAAAACUGCCUGAUUGAAAUCUUAGGAAACCUAUUUACUGGAUGUUGUUCUGAAGCUAUUUCCUUGUGGCAUUUUUAUAAUUACGUAUUUUUUUAUGGGAAAUAAGCCACAAUUUUACUAAAAAAUGAAUUUAUUAACUAUUUACUGGAUGUAAGAAAAAUUGUAGAAAUUUAUGUUUACAUUUACACAUAUUUUUGUAAAAAAAUAUUUUAAAUAAAAUUAUUUUUGUCUUUUU